AUGACAGAAACAAAAAUCGAAAAAAUAAUAUUUACCUUUCGAGAAUUAGAAAGCCUCGAAGGACAAUGGCAAAUUAAGUUUGCCGAGGAAGUUGCUUAUCAAGAAACCAAGAUAAGCGGACUUAUUUUACCCAAAAAAAUUAAUUGGAGCAAUUUUUCGGAGUCGAAGCCGGCGUUGAAGCAGGACGAACAAUUUAUCGCCCGAGUGACAGAAAAUAAUUGCCAAAUCCAGGAAACCACGGAGG